GUCUUGGCGCGCCUCAGUGAAAACAGCGAGCCAUUGCUUUGACGUCACGGUGAUGAUGAUGAUUGGAAUCCGAACGGCGAGUGUAGUGCGCGUGAAGCGGCUCCUGUGAACCUCAGUAUGUUGAUGCCUUAAUAACAAGUGUUCAAUUUACGCGCCAAUUGCAGGAGUACUCAAGGAGAGAAGCAAAUCUGUGAGAUGGUUCGGUAAAUGUCGAUGUAAUGGAUUUGACUAAAAUGGGUGCGAUCCACCUCCAGAACCCCGGCCACCCCACAUCGCUCUUGCAGAAGGCCAACCAGAUGCGCCUCUCUGGGACAUUGUGUGAUGUGGUCAUCAUGGUCGACAGCCAGGAGUUCCAUGCCCACAGAACCGUGCUUGCGUGUGCUAGUAAGAUGUUUGAGAUCCUGUUCCACCGCAACAGCCAGCAUUACACUCUGGACUUCCUCUCACCAAAGACCUUCCAGCAGAUUCUGGAGUACGCUUACACCGCCACGCUCCAAGCAAAGCUGGAGGACCUGGACGACUUGCUGUACGCCGCAGAGAUUUUAGAGAUCGAAUAUUUGGAGGAGCAAUGCCUGAAGAUCUUGGAAACCAUCCAGGCAUCCGAAGAGAAUGACACGGAUGUGAACAUGAAUGAGAACGGUGCAGAGGAUGCCGAUGACCGCAGGAUCAAGUACCUUAAGAGCACUUUUAUCUCCAAAAAGCAUUCCAUACAGGACGCCGGCUAUGGUACCGCCGCCCGCCAUCGACUGGCCCUGGUUAGCAUGGUCGAUACGAGAUCUUCAGAGUCCGCCCAACUGGGUCUUUCAACCGUCAGUCCGACUAAAGCAGCCGUUGAGGGCCUGAUGAGCAUGGGUCAGUCCGUCCUCCAAGGCAACAUGGCCCAGAGUUUCUCACAUAACCUUGGUAAGGCAUCUCCAUUGCUUGAUAAGAUCAAAACUGAGAUGAUGCAGGUAGAUGAGGACUACCAACACGAUGGCGGAUUCCCCAGGAACGGGGAGGGUGGCGGUGACUCCAGGCAGCACCGGGACACUCCUGGAACCCCGACCAGAGGCAGCGUCAUCACCAGCGCCCGCGAGCUCCACUCCGCCGAUUGUUCUGCUGAUUCCCAAGGAGACAACAGCCAAGCGGGUCUGGUCAAUAUGGCCAGUCUGGCUGAUAGACAUUUCGCUUCACUGUGCUCUGUCCCAUCCAACCAUAAGAGCGAAAGCAUGCUGCCCUUGCCUGUAUCCAUGGCCUCGUCACUACAUGUGCCAUCCUCCCUGGCCAUGUCGAUGGAUUUCAGUGCAUAUGGCGGGCUCUUUCAUCAGAGCUUGAUUCAGAGGGAGUUCUUAAGCAAGCUUGGAGAUUUCACAGCAAAUGUGAAGCACGAGGUCCAAACCCAGAAAGAACGAUGUGAGGUGUGUGAUAUGGAGCUGCCUGAUAAUGAAGCUGCUGAACAACACAGGAAGUUGCACAGUGGAGUGAAGACCUUUGGCUGUGAGUUCUGUGGAAAGCAGUUCCUGGAUAGUUUACGACUGAGGAUGCACAUGCUGUCUCAUUCAGCUGGACCAAAAGCACUAGUAUGUGAUCAGUGUGGUGCUCAGUUCUCCAAGGAAGAUGCCCUGGAAGCCCAUCGACAGACUCAUACAGGCUCAGACAUGGCAGUGUUUUGUCUUCUGUGUGGGAAGCGUUUCCAGACCCAGAAGGCUUUGCAGCAGCACAUGGAGAUUCACGCCGGCAUGCGCAGCUACAUCUGCAGCGAGUGCGAACGCACUUUCCCGAGCCACACGGCGCUCAAACGCCAUCUCCGCUCGCACACAGGUGACCACCCGUUCGAGUGCGAGUUCUGUGGGAGCUGCUUCCGUGACGAGAGCACGCUGAAGGGUCACAAGCGCAUCCACACCGGAGAGAAGCCUUAUGAAUGUAACGGCUGCGGAAAGAAGUUCAGCCUCAAGCACCAGCUGGAGACCCACUACCGUGUCCACACAGGUGAGAAGCCGUUUGAGUGCAAGCUGUGCCACCAGCGCUCACGGGACUACUCCGCCAUGAUCAAACACCUGCGUACCCACAACGGCGCUUCGCCCUACCAGUGCACCAUCUGCCAGGAGUACUGCCCCAGCCUCUCGUCCAUGCAGAAGCACAUGAAGGCCCACAAGCCCGAGGAUGUGCCCCCAGACUGGAGGAUAGAGAAGACGUACCUGUACCUCUGCUACGUGUGAGACAGAGCCACAAACAGGAACGGGGAAAGUGGCAAGAUGCGCCCAGGGACAAUUCACCUAAAGGUUUGCUUUUGGUCCAGGCCAAAGACAGCGAGGGCGUGUGGUCAAACUGAUGAAAUGUGAUGUGGAUUUUUUUGACGUUUUGUUUGUGAUAUGCAUUUGUGCACAUUUUUAGGAUGUAACUGCACUCACAAAUGUUUCUGAAAUGGAAAUGUGAUAUGCGACAAAGGGAUGUGAAUUUUCAGAAAGUGUUAGUACAGUCCACCACUAUGACGGGAAUCCAUUUGUCUGCAUUCCACCUUGUUUAUUGGAAAAAUUCACUACAUGAUCAUACUUGUUUUAUUCAAAUAAGGAUUCCUGCACUUUUCCUCCAUGGAUGUAACCCAUAAGCCAUACAUUUUUAAGACCCUAUAAAAUCACUUGUGUUGACAUUUAGAGGAAUAAUAGGGAUCAUCCAAUAGGCUUUAGUUACAAACAUCACAAACAUGAUUUUAAAUGGUCAAGGUCUGUUAAAGGUCAACAUUUGGCGCUACACUGGCAACCUCUUAAAGCUAACAGACAUGAACUCAAAACCUCAAAUUUAGAUUUCAUGUGGUCUUAACAGAGCUAUUCUGAGUCAAAUGAAAACAUGGACCAAAGCUUAAAACUCAUAUACAUGAUGAAAUAUAGGAGCUAAACACAUUAGCAGAUGAAAUUAUGUCCUUUUUAGUAAAUUGCUCCCUUAAGUUCAUUAUUAGGCUUUCUAGUCCUCAAUUUUAAUGAUUUUUUUUCAUAAGUACGUGUGAGGAAAUGCACAGGGUUGGACCCAUUAGUCAUUUUCUUUAAAGCGUAAUAAAGUGCUUAACAAAACAGCUUUUCUCAGAGGUACAUCCAAAUUGUGCUGCCAAGCAACUGUAGUGGAUGUUCAGGGACAUUUAUUCAACCUUAAAUAACUACACUGUGCACUUUCAGAGUUUCAGAGGCCCUUUUUUUUGUUGUUUUCAGCACUACAGAGUGGUUAUUCUAUGUAAUUUGCUUUCAUUUCAGUCUCUUUUGCACCAAAUAAAACAGUAUGACAGUUGAUUUCAUUUUUACGUUCACAUAGUAACAUUUUGCUAUUGCAGGCAUUUUAGUCUAAUGAAUUGUUAAUGUCGUACCCAUAAAGCAGUUUAAGAUUUAAAAAGAGAUUAUUUUUUAGAAUCAAAAAAUGAAAUGCAGUAUAUGCUUCUGUGGAUAUGUUUUGCUUAGGAUACUUUGUUAGUUAGUUAGCUAGACGUUAUAGUUUGAGUUCUGUCAUUUCUGUUCAAACGUUUUACUUGAAUUGCCUAAUUUUGUUACCUCACAUGCUAGAUUUAUUUUUGUACUAGCUUUUGUUUCUCAUUUCCUGCUGAGCUGCGUUUAAAAACUGUACAGUGCAAAGGAAUUCAUUGGUAUCAGAAUACCACAUCAUCAGACCCACACGGAAUCCGAGAGAUCCCGCAGAUAUAAGCACAAUUGGAACAACCAUUCUCAAUGUUCUAUAUAUUACAUUUCUUUGCAUUACAUUUGCGUUACAUUUACAUUUAGCAGAUGCUUUUAUCCAGAGUUACUUACAUCACAUUCAAGGUAUGUAUUCUAUCAGUACAGUAUAUAUCUGUCGACCCUUAUGUGUUUAUGUUUUGAUUAAUUGGCAAAUGAUGACUGUAGCUCUUUACAUUUAAAGCAUUUUACUACGUUUAAAUGUUUUCUACACUAUUGAAGAAUUCUCAAAAAAAAAAAAAAUCUGUGGGGUUCAGCCAAUUUUCUUGGGCAAAAUCCCAAUACACUCUAAUGGCAAUACGUGACUAUUUUACGUUUUGUCGAAUUGGUGGCUAAUUCGUAUUCAUUUGUAAGAUAUCAUUUGUACAUUUUAGUAUGAUAUGCUAAUGACCAACUGAUGGUUAGAUUUCAGGGUGGACCUUCAUGCUUAAGUUUUUCUAAAAAUCGUAUGUUACGUACAAAUCACUUUUUAUGAAUUCAUACAAAAUUGCCACCUCAUAAAAAGUUACGUUUUCUCAUUAGGUUGUGUUGGAAAUACCAACACAAUCUCAUGGGAAAUAUUUUAGAUUUAAUUCUUAAUCUCAUUUGUACGUUUUCAUACGAUCUUCUUACACCCCACUGACGAUGUUCAGGGUUAGCACUUCAUGCUUGCUUUUUUCUAAAAAAUUUUACGUUUCCUUAUAAAUCAAAUCGUACGAAUUCAUACGUAAUUGACCGUACGAAUCACAUUGUACGAAUUCAUACACAAUCACCACCUCAGAAUAAUAUAAUGGCAACUAUUUUACAUUUAAUUCGUAAUCUCAUUUGUACGUUUUCGUACGAUCUUCUUAUAAACCAGUGAUGGUUAUGUUUAGCGGUGGGUUUAGGACUUCAUGCUUACUUUUUCUAAAAAUUUGACAUUUCCUUACAAAUCACUUCGUACAAAUUCAUACGUAAUCGACCAUAUAAAUUACCGUACGAAUCACAUUGUAUGAAUUCAUACAAAAUCGCCACCUCAUAAAAAGUUAUGUUUUCUCAUUAGGUCGGGUUUGAAAUACCAACACAAUCUCAUGGGAACUAUUUUAUGUUUAAUUCGUAAUCUCAUUUGUACGUUUUCGUAUAAUCUUCUUACAAACCAGUAAUGGUUAUGUUUAGGGGUGGGGUUAGGGCUUCAUGCUUGCUUUUUUCUAAAAAAUUUUACGUUUCCUUAUAAAUCACAUCGUACGAAUUCAUACGUAAUCGCCACCUCGUAAAAUAGGAAUCAACGUGAUCGUGAAUUUCGUGAGAGGACAAAAAUUUUUCACCCAAGCAAAUUUCGCAACGUGUUCAAGUUGGACAUGUAAAUUCGCUGCUUUGACCAACAAAAAGCUGACUUCUGUGUGAGUGGCGCUUCAUCGCAACAGUAUUGACAACGGACAGGAUUUUUUGCCCACAAAAUUUCACUAAUGUGACCGCACCCCACAUGCGGAUUCCGCCUGGGUCUGCUCAUUAUUCAGUGGUAUUUUAGCGUUAAGCGUAGUACAAGUGUGCAUAUCUGUCUCUCGGCCAUCUGUUUCAGGGCUACCUCUACUCUGCUCUCAGUUUUGCACUAAAGCAAAAGCACACUUUUGUUUUGCUUGUAACUAGCAUUUUCAUUUACACCCAAUCUCAUGUUUCCAUUCGCUAAAAAAAUCCCGGUUCGUUCGUUAUUAUAUUUACACUCCUUACAAUGAAACAUAUUCAGACUGAAAGGGUAGAUGCAUCCGAUCUAGAUAAUUUUAGAGUAGCAUUGAGAAAAUGUUUAGUUAUUAGAUACUUGAGGGGAUAAACUUGAAACAAUGUGAAUAAAAAUGAUCUUUUUAUGUGAAAAUUAUUCAAGCGGUGAGUCAUCUGAUGCGUGCAGUUACGUGGGGAUAUUCGCUAGAGAAAACAAACGAAUAGGUGAUUUUCUGUGAAAAUGAAUCUCUCGACAAGAGCCAAACUCAGCACUUUGAUAAGGGAAUAUGUUGUAUUUUUGUAUGGGGUAUUGUGCGACCCUUGUUCUUUUGUUCAUUUUGAGUGAGGCGAAUAUUUUUACAGUAUCUUUUGCAUUUGUGCUUGUUCUUGAUUUGAGUGGAAAAUUGUUUUCUUGUGCUUAUUUUACAAUGUUAAACAUAUACAAGUAGUAGAUGUUUGUAAAAACAUAUUGUAGUCAUUGCUGCUGGGUGUCGGUUCAUAUGAUGAUGAUGAUUAUGAUGAUUCCACAUUUUAAGUAUAAAAUGACUUUGAGUGAACUAAUGCCAAGAGCUGUAGGUAUACGACAGCGUCAUGGAGCACAAGAGAGGUGUAAGACGUGAAAAAUAAAGCUGUAUCUGUGUGUUUGUAUUGUGUUCACCGAUCACUGUAAGAUUAGAGUCACCUAUAAGGUCUGUACUGGUCCUCGUGUGUGCAGUGUGAGUCAAUGUGGUCAAUUUAUUCAGUGUUAAAUACAUGCACCAGUUAGCAGCAGAGAGGUGCUGUCACAGACACCCUGUAAUGAUUUGAUACAUCUUCUGCCCUUUGUAUUUGUGUCUUUAUGCAAAGUCACCUUGAUAUGAACUGUGCUCUUAGGCAAUCAGGGAUGCCUUCACUUUACCAACAGAACAUCAGAAAUAUCAAUUUUAGGAUAAACACCCUACUUUUUCGGUCUUUAUGGAUACUGUGUUUAGGUUUGUAACCCCUUUCAGCUACUAACUCUUUUUUUUUUUUUAAGUCAUCACAAGCAAUAAAUCUACAGGUCAGCAUGUAAGUGAAAACUUGGCAUCCCUGCUGCUGUAUCACUGUGUUUUACUUUGCUUUCAGACAGGAAGUAGCCAUGUCACUCAGUGCUCCCAUAUUUGUGCCAUUGUUACACAAAUCAAUACUCGGACUGAGGAUCCACGUGGGACCAAAUGGCCAUUUCGCUCCAUUUGCCUUGUUCUAGCGACAAGACCGUGUUCUUGGUGUCGAAAUGGUUUUACAUUCGUCAUGUUUUACUUUAUUGUAUUGUCUACCUCAGCACCAGUUCUUUGUGUAACUUUUAAAAGGUGCCCAAUUAUUGUUACUUUGUUUUGUGCAUAAAUUUUGUAUUAUAGCCUUGUAGGGUUUUUGUUCUUCUCUUUAUUUCAGCAUAGAGAUGCUGUUUUGAAGCACUGUGUGGUGUUUUUGAUGCUGCAGAUAGAGGUGUAGAUUCCUUUUCCCUUCUCUAUGUGGGUUCAGACACAUCUCUGUAUACGUCAGUGUUCUAAAAUAAACUUGUAACAGAAAUGU